ACCACGUUACUUACCCGUCUGUUAUGUUGGUAUUAAUCUAUGGUUAUGGCGGCUUCCAGCAGUAACAGUCUUGGAUCUAGUGGAUCUGCAUGGUCGAAAUGGCAAAUUGCAUUAGCAGUAGGAGCUCCUGUUGCGGUUGGCAUAGGUAUUUGGUAUCUGAAGAACAGCGGUUCCACAACAGGCCAAGAUAAGGACUCAAUAAAAGAGGAUGGCAGAAAAAAUAAGAUGGCAUCGACGGCUUCUGGCCAAACCUCAUUGGACAUGGGUGAAGAGCCGAAUGUACCGUUCGAGCCGGUUGAAGAAAGUCCACUAAAAAAGGCACUGAACAACAAAGCUGUGGGCAAUAAAUAUUUCAAGUCUGGAAAAUAUGCAGAAGCCAUAAAGUGUUAUGACAGUGCCAUUGAAAUUUGCCCAAAAGAUAAAAAAUUUGACUUAUCAACAUUUUAUCAAAACAGGGCAGCUGCCUAUGAGCAAAUGAAAAAGUAUGAAGAGGUAAAGAAUGAUUGUACUCUAGCACUUUCCUUGAAUCCCAAGUAUGUGAAAGCACUUCAGCGGCGUGCUAAGGCAUGUGAACUUACAAAAGACUUGCAACAGAGUUUGGAGGAUGUGACAGCAGCUUGCAUAUUGGAAGGCUUCCAGAAUCAGACAACACUUCUCACAGCAGACCGAGUCCUCAAAGAACUUGGUAGACAACAUGCAAAAGAAGCCAUGGCAAAGAGAACACCAGUAAUGCCAUCAAAACACUUCAUCAAAACCUAUUUCUCUUCAUUUAUUGAAGAUCCAAUUACAAAUAGCUUGGUGCAAGAAAAGGAAAGUGAUUCUGCAGAGGCAGAUUUGAGAGGUCUGGCGCGAGCCAAACAGGCAUUCAAAUCUCAGAAUUAUGAAGACAUUAUCCCAGCUUGCAGUGAAGAAAUUGAAACUGGUGACGAUAACCAUAAGAUGGAAGCUCUAGUUCUCCGAGCAACAUUCCAUCUGCUCUUGGGUGAACACAGCAAGGCUUUGAGUGACUUCGAAGCUGUAAUAGAGAAUGAGGAAGCAAAUGUGAAGUUGCGAGUUAAUGCCCUUAUCAAGAGGGCAUCAUUAUACAUGCAACUUGAACAAUCUUCAAAGAGCCUAGAAGACUUCAACAGAGCAGCUGAUAUAGAUAAAGACAAUUCUGAUGUUUACCACCACAGAGGACAGGUACAUUUGUUAAUGGAGAAAGUGACGGAAGCGAUGAAUGACUUCAACAAAGCUGUGACUGUGAACCCCGACUUCCCAAUUGCCUAUGUCCAGAAAUGUUACACUGAUUAUCGAUAUGCCUUCUCUACCCGCAACAUGGAGAAGAUGGAAGAAGUAAUGAAAGCAUUUCAACAGGCCAUUCAGAAAUUUCCAAAGUGCUCUGAAUGUUACACCUUGUUUGCUCAGGUUUUAAGUGACCAACAGGAAUUUGAUAAAGCAGAUACCUACUUUCAAAAAGCAACUGAAGUUGAGCCUGAAAAUGCAACUGUCUAUGUGCACAGAGGUCUGCUGCAGUUGCAAUGGACUGGUGAUGUUCCUAAAGCUAUAGAUAUGAUAAAUCAAGCACUGAAAAUGGAUGACAGGUGUGAGUUUGGAUAUGAAACUCUAGGAACGAUUGAAGUGCAACGUGGAAACCUGAGACAUGCAGUGGAACUUUUUGACAAGGCCAUUCCGUUAGCAAAGACUGAACUAGAGAUGUCACAUUUGUUUUCCUUACGAGAUGCAGCUGUGGCACAAGCAACUGUUGCUGAGAAGAUGGGUAUCCAGAUUGCAAAUGUAGAUCUCCCAUAAGUUUAAUUUGCAUCAUAGCGUGGAAUGAUCCUGAUAACAUUAUAAAACUAGUGAUGGGGCAUUGGAACAGUAGUGAAAUAUGAAGAAUGUUAAAAUGGGCUUUUUUCAUUAAGUACAGAAGAUUGGUUCCCACUUCCCAGACAACAACAUUAAAUAUUAUUUUGCUUUUAAUAAGCAAAUACAGUAAAAUGGCCAUAUCAGAGCACUCAAUAUGUUAGAAGCAUAUCUGUCUUUGUUCUAUAAUUAAGAAUGUAUUUAGUUGGGUUUCCAUGCUGUGGAGUUCACUGAGAAUUGUAUUGUAUGAAGAAUGUUUGAACUGAUCAUGUGUUUCAGUGACUAGUUUCUUUAAACUCAUAAAGAUGUAGUGUCGACACAAAUUGAUAGAUACCGUUUUGAACUAAAUACCUUGUUCACAUUAUGUAUCUUCAACGAAAACUUAAAUGAGCAGUGCAUUUGAAACCUGGGAUAUUUAGUUUAAAGAUGGACAUAGAUUGAAAAUGGCUGUAGUGGUUAAUAUUUAGGAAGUUGCUUUAAUGUAGUGCAUUAUCAGAUAUCCAGUGUUGGACAUAGAGUUUGAACUAGUGUCAACAUUUAUUUGGAUAAGACUAGAUUUUAGAUGUAUUCAAUAGAUACUGUUCCUUCAGUUAUUACUGUAAUAUGAACCUGUUAAAAUAUACAUUUUUUGUUUCUGGCUUAGCAAUUGGUAGGUCUCGGAAUAAGGGCAGUUUUAUGCAUUUUCAUUUCUAAUAUAUAAUCUUGAAUUUGACCUAACAUUAUUGUAGUUAAUUUGUAUAUUACAUCUGAGAUAAAUCUUAUAUAUAUAUCUUUGCCAUUUUAUUAUGUCACCAGGUAUAAAUAUGCAUAUAUUUCAGAAUGUACCUUCGUGAAGAGUCAGUGUUUCAGUUACAGAAAAUAAAAAUAAGGAACUGUGAAUAAGAAUUUAUGAAGAAAUUAAUGUGUGUGAAGGCCUAAUCUCAAGGUCCAUCUUUUAGAAAUUUCACAAAUAAUUUUAACAAUGUUAUCACUUAAGUUUUCCCACAACUACUCAGUUAUUUUAUAUUCAGAAACGUAUGACAUUACCAACAGUCUUUGUAGUUGUGUAUGAGUUCAGAUUAUUUAAUUCUGAAAAUUGUCUUUACCAUAUGAUGAUAAUACUUGUGUUUAUAUAUCCUGACAUAUUGUAACAUGCAUGUAGCCGGAAAUGAAGCAAGCAUUUAAAAAGCUGUCUGAAGAGUAUAUUCAUUGUUUAAUGAUUUGAGUUUUCCAGUCCUGAGAUUGAGUCCCAGUGGAAACUGUUAUUACGAAAUCUGAAACUUGGGUAUUCAAAUACUGUCCUACUGAUAGUUUCCAAUAAUUUUUUUGUGAUGGAAAUGUAAAUUGGUCACUUUUUAAAGACCAGGGUUCCAGAACCAUUAAAGUCUACUUACUAACCACUCUGCAAAAUCCACUGACAUAUACAUUUAGACCAGACAAGAAAUGUGCUUGCUAUCACCAGUUCCCAUUUACUUGUCUCCAGUGAAUGGGUAGUGAUAUUUCUAGAACCCUGUAUGACAUUUAUUUUGAAAUAUUUCUAAUGGCAAAAUAGUUUUGAGUCACUAUGUAACACAAUCAUAGUUGUGUACAUUUUGCUGAAAUAGUUGUGGGAUUUUGUACUUAAUAUGGUGUAUCACAUGCAUACUGUACAUCUGCAGUGUUUGAAAGUUGUUAAAAUAAACAUGUUACAUUUG